AUGAAAAAGUGGCUUGUAAUUGGCGUCUCAGGUGUAACGUGUGGUGGGAAGACGACAGUUGCACGUUCUUUGCAUGAAAGCCUUCCAGGUUCAUGUCUCUUGUGCCAGGAUGACUAUUUUCUGCCUCCAGAUAGCAGCAAGCAUACAUGGAUCCCAACACUUAACCACAUAAACUGGGAGAUAAUGUCAAGUGUUGAUAUGAACAAAAUGUGGGCAGACAUUAAAAGAAUUACCCAGUUUAAUUUCCUGCAGCAUUUUAGCCAUUGCAAAAUACACGAAGAAAAAAGUAGUAAUGACCUACCACUGAUGAAUUUUGAAGCUUUAGCAGGUGAAUUACCAUUUCACAUCUUAAUAAUUGAAGGAUUUUUGGUAUUGAAUUAUCAGCCGAUUGUGGAAAUUUGUCACUUAAAAUAUUAUUUAACACUCACCAGGGAUCAAUGCUGGGAAAGAAGGAAAGUUCGUGUCUAUGAUCCCCCUGAUGUACCUGGUUAUUUUGAUGUGUGUGUUUGGCCUGAGUAUGAAAAACACAGAGAUGAAGUUUUUCAGACUGUUGCUGAUGUUCAUAUUAUAGAUGGUACAAAUGAUGUGAGGCAAGUUGUGUCUAAUAUAUUUCUUGACAUGAUGAAAUAUAAGAAAAUUACCAUGUGAACUAUUUGAUUUAUCUCUAAUUUUCUUGAGAUUCAUGUAGCAAUGACUAUUUUAUUGUGUUCACAAAACUUUCUAAGUCACUGUACAAGAAAUUCAAAAUUGAGAAAAUAUAACAUAUAAUUUCUCAAUGUACAGAUCCACAAACAAGAUGGAAGUUAAAUAAAAACUAGAUUAUAAUGUUGUGUUUUUAGACAUCUAUGUCAAGACAUAGCAAUUUUAACAGGAUGUUCUUCAAAAUAAAUAAUCAAUUUGCACAUGGAAUCAGAUUUCCCUAUUUCCCAAAUAUUUGUUUCCUUCUACAACACUGUAGUCCUUUGAUAAUAUCGCAGCUUCAAAAUUCUGUAAUUUCAUAUAAAGAAUGCAGUAGAUAACCCCCUUUCAGUCUUGAUGUGCAAUAUAAUGGGCAUGGCCUUUUACACAUGUUGUAAUAGCAAAUUAUUUCAUUCACCUUUUACACUCAGUAGCCUAUUUAUUGGACAUUUCACUUUUAGUUUCACAGUUCUUGAUGACCGAGCAAGUGGAGCUGCACUGUGAACUGAUUUCUGCAGACUCCUUGUGAAACCAUGCCAGAUGCAUUCAGUGUCUGUCAGACACUCGGGGGACAGCCUGACGAUUUGCCUUUACACAAACAAAUGGUUUCUCGAAAUUGUUCAUUCCACCGUGUAAUGCUCUGUGCUGUAGGGAGAUCCACACAUACCUAGCAUGAAAGUCACACUUUACAGUUAUUACUGACCCUCACUAUGCAAAAUGUAGAACACAAAAGAUUUCUGUUGUCCCGACACCGUUUUUACUAAUACUAAAGUGGGAGCACAUUGCUGCUACCUAGCGGGAACCGUGUAAAACAAGAAUUUGCUCUUUCCAACAGUACUUUGGUCACACACAUAUCUCAAAUAACAUAAUAGUUCCAAUUUUUAAAAAUAGGAUGAUUCUUUUGAUACACCCCUUACAUUGGUAUUUUUGAUUUUGUUUUUUUCUGAACACACAGCAGAUUUCGCAUCUGUAGUGAUGUCGUGACGAGAGACUGUUGCAGUGUCCCAUGCUUCCAAACAUACACUCUGCCCGCCACUCUCUCAUUGACUGCUUAGAACCUGCCACCUGACAUACCCUCUGUUAUUCCUGUCAGCCCUCGACAACAAUACUGUAAAAUAUGUAACUACACCACUGGACCCAAUCUAUACUUUUAGCAUAUGCUGCAGAAAUGUAUGCUUUUCUUGACUAUUUGUCAAAUUUUAAAGUCAGUUUGAUUCUGAGUUCAAAUUAAUUCAGGCAGACUGAAGUUUAUACAUGGUAGGUUUUCAUAAAAAGUCAAAGUACACAGUAUAGAUUCCCGUGGUUUGCAGCACGACGAAAUUUGCUACCCUCUCAUGUGGUCCCCUCACCCCCUUCCCCUGCUACUCAUUGUAGACAUCAGCCAACCAGGUGACAUUCUUCCCCCUCGAACGCUUCCAUAGAGCUGUGCUUGUGGUACAUAAAUAAAAGAUUGCAGAUACAAUUCAGUCCCGCAUUUAGCUGACAUCUGUUGGUACUACCUCUGCAACAUGUCUUUCUUCUGUAAUUUAUCAUUUCCGGUGUAAUUUAUUCUUGCGACAACAAUUGUGAUCAAUUUAAUGCAUUUUAUUUUGUCUGUUAGGUAUUUAGUUCUGGAUUAAUUUUCUUUCUCAUUUCAUCUGAAUUUCACCAUCUUGUUCUAAAGCUGAUUAAAAGCUAGUGUCAUUUUCCCUGGUAUUCUAAUGUAUAACAGUGAUGGAAUUUCUCAUUUGCAAUCCUCUUGGUAAAUUAUUGGGUACAGAAUCAAGUGAUGUUCUUGGAAGAACAAGAUUUUUGCCUUCGAACGUUACCUUUACUUAGAAACCAGCAUAAAUGUAUUUGUAUAUUGUAUGAGAGCUUUUAUUGCACACCUGUCCAAAUAAAACAAAAGUUUGUAAGUUGAUAGAAUCUAAUACUAUUGUUAAUUUUUAAGGAGAGCAUUAGGUUGUUGUAAUGGCUAAAUCAUAGUUACUUGCUUCAAAUAUCACAUGACUGUUCAAGCAAGAUCGAUAAUGUAUUGAGCACUUCUGCAUAUCAGAAACUCUUGAGCCUAUUCGAAUGAAAGUAUUGUUUACAAUACCCUUUGGAAUUCUUCAAAAUAAAUUUGUACGAAACUUCA